GCUCACUGGGGAAUAGAGUGUAUAAAUAAACGCACGAGAAUAGUCGACACAAUUAAUAUUUCACACUUGGGUUUUUUUUUUCAGUGCAGCUCAGAAUGUUGAGUGGGAGUUCUCUCAAUGUCAGCUCGGUUCCUGCCAAUGUAAAUUUUCAUCAUCCUCCUUUUUUACGAGGAUUAUGCAGAGGAUGACAGGAAAAAAAUAAGAAAUGCAAAUGGUUCGUUUGAUGUUACACCACUGUGAAAUGGCAAAUGGUGGCACUCUGCAUUCCACAAUGUCACUGCUAUGGUUGGUGCUGGAGUGCUCGGCUUACCACAUACUAUGGUGUACUUAGGAUGGGGACCAGGUAUAGUACUACUUGUCCUUUCUUGGAUGAUUACCUUAUAUACACUUUGGCAGAUGAUUGAUCUGCAUGAAACAGUCCCAGGGAAGCGUUUUGAUAGGUAUCACGAGUUAGCACAAUACACACUUGGAGAAAAGCGUGGCCUAUGGAUUCUCGUUCCCCUGAACUUGACGGUUGAAGUUAGUGUGGACAUAAUUUACAUGGUUACAGGAGGAAAAUCAUUGAAGAAAUUUCAUGAGACAGUAUGCAGUAAUUGUGGAAAACUUAGACAGUCUUACUGGAUCGUCAUUUUUGGUUCUGUCCAUUUCUUCUUAGCACAGUUACCCAAUUUGACCUCUGUGGCAGGAAUUUCCCUGGCUGCAGCAAUCAUGUCUAUCAGCUACUCUACCAUUGCUUGGGCAGCAUGUCUUUAUCAUGGGCAACAGGAAGAUGUAAGCUAUGAUUAUUUACAUAUAACACCAGCGAACACAGUUUUUCGUGUGUUGAAUGCCUGUGGAGUAAUUGCCUUUGCAUAUUCUGGACAUAAUGUAGUUCUGGAGAUCCAAGCUACUAUUCCUUCAUCGCCAGAAAAGCCAUCAAAAGUUCCCAUGUGGCGUGGUAGUGUUGUUGCAUACUUUAUAACUGCUCUCUGUUACUUCCCAGUAGCCAUAGCUGGUUAUUGGUCUUUUGGUCAGGCUGUUGAAGACAAUGUGCUAUUAACACUUAAGAAACCAGACUGGCUCAUUGCAGCAGCAAACAUGAUGGUAGUGAUACAUGUUAUUGGAAGCUAUCAGGUUUUCGCUAUGCCAGUGUAUGAUACACUUGAAAAUGUGCUGGUGAAUAACUUUAGGUUGCCACCAGGAUUUUGGCUUCGUUUAAUUGCUCGCUCUAUUUAUGUGGCUUUAACCUGUUUCAUUGGUAUCACAUUUCCUUUCUUUGGAGAUUUGCUUGGUUUUUUUGGAGGGCUUGCCUAUGCACCGACCACCUAUUUUCUGCCCUGUAUCAUGUGGCAUAUCGUCAGGAAACCCAAAAGAUUCAGCUUACAUUGGCUGGUCAAUGGGUUCUGUAUCAUUUUCGGGGUUGUGUUGUCGGUAACAGCGACAGUUGGAAGUUUUAGAAGCAUUAUAAUUGAUGCAUAUACAUAUGAUUUCUAUCAGUAAAAUGUGAUAGAAUCACAUACAAGAAACUUGUAUAAUCUUGGUGAAUAUCGAUUAACAUUUUCUUUCCAAAAUCGGAUGAAUGAAGCUAAGGCUAAACCUUAGGUGAAGUUCAGAGAUUUGGCCUCAUAAUCUCUUAUGAGCUUCGCGGUGUAAUUUUGGGAGCUUAAAUAAAUGAGAUUGGCUGGGUAAUUUGGGGAAUUUAAGGAUACAAAUGACCAAAAAAAACUAUCUUAAAAUGAA